AUGCGUCGGAGUGUCUUCUUCAUGGGCCGUACUCUCACACAGCGGCAUUUGAACGCAUGUCGCAGUCCGCUUCUGACAGGGUACAUUCGCCCCACGGCGAUCUCCUGCACGGCGCGCGGUCUAGCAACAUCGCCGUUGGCAGUCGGAGCACUGCUCGGUCCCUCUGCGUCGUCGGGUUCUCCCCUGCCGACGGAGGACCUGCUUGAGGGUGCUCUGACGCACACAGUUACUACACUGCUGGCGCGGAGCCUCAGUAUGUCGUUGCUCGCUGAGUUCAUGAAACUGCAGAAUGGUUCAACGUGUGUUACAAUAUGUGAAAGAGUAUUUGGGGCCAUGGUCUUAUCUCUGCCUUCUUCGCCGGGUCCGGUGCGCCGAGGACUUGAGGAAGUACAGAUGGCGUGA